CGCAAGGGACAAACAUCGUCAAAAAGAAAUUUGAACGGAGCCAACCACAGAAGCGGAGUUUCGGAACUAGAAGCACUUGUCUCUGGGCCUACACCUGCGUGUUUUUGUGGGUGCCUCCGUUAGCUCGCCUUCUUAUCAGCUGAUCUCUAUUUCCAAAGAUUCUAACACUUGGACCGAUGACCUCCAGAAUACAUACGGAGAAUCUCCAGAUUCAGAGGCUUUAGUGGACUAAGUUCGCGAAAUAACCAACUCCAUCCAGAUCCUGAAAAGGAGAGAAGAAUGAGUGGAUUCAGCUAACCUCUUCAAACCCACACUUCAUCCCCCCAUCCCUUUCCUUUCCAUGUCACCAUGUCUGCAGGCAAUGGCACCCCUUGGGGGUCAGCAGCGGGGGAAGAGGUCUGGGCGGGAUCAGGAGUAGAGGUGGAGAGCUCAGAGCUACCCACCUUCUCAGUUGCAGCUAAGGUCCGGGUUGGAGUGACCGUUGUGCUAUUUGUUUCUUCGGCUGGAGGAAACCUGGCCGUGCUGUGGUCGGUGACACGGCCGCAACCCAGCCAGCUCCGCCCCUCUCCGGUACGACGACUUUUUGCUCAUUUAGCAGCUGCCGAUUUACUGGUUACUUUUGUGGUUAUGCCCCUAGAUGCCUCCUGGAAUAUCACUGUUCAGUGGCUGGCCGGGGACAUCGCAUGUCGAACACUCAUGUUCCUGAAACUAAUGGCCAUGUAUGCCGCAGCUUUCCUGCCUGUGGUCAUUGGGCUCGACCGCCAGGCAGCCGUACUACACCCGCUUGGACCCCGCUCAGCUGGAAGGAAACUUCUGGGGGCAGCCUGGCUACUCAGUUUCCUUCUUGCCUUGCCUCAGCUGUUCCUGUUUCAUACUGUCCGCCGAGCUGGUCCAGUCCCCUUCACCCAGUGUGUGACCAAAGGCAGCUUCAAGGCUCAAUGGCAAGAGACCACCUAUAACCUCUUCACCUUCUGCUGUCUCUUUCUGCUGCCACUGACUGUCAUGACCAUCUGCUAUAGCCGCAUUGUCCUCAGUGUGUCCAGUCCCCGGACAAGGAAGGGGAAUGAUGCCCCUGCCGGUGAAUUUGCCCUCCGCCGCUCCUUAGACAAUCGCCCUCGUGUUCGUCUUCGGGCCCUGCGACUGGCCCUGCUUGUGUUGCUGACCUUCGUCCUCUGCUGGACACCUUAUUACCUGCUGGGUCUUUGGUACUGGUUCUCUCCCACCAUGCUAACUGAAGUGCCUCCCAGUCUCAGCCAUAUCCUUUUCCUCUUUGGCCUCCUCAAUGCUCCCCUGGAUCCUCUCCUCUAUGGGGCCUUCACCCUUGGCUGCCGAAGAAGGCACCAAGAACUCAGCAGUGACUCCUCCAGGGAAGGAGGGUCUGGGAGAAUGCACCAACAGGAGAGUCAAGCCCUUAGACAGAUGGAAGUAAAAACAAAUGCGGCGGCAAGAAAGGCAGGAGAAACAAAAGAGACAUUCCUGUGACAUCCAUUUGCUUUAGGACAUAGUAUAUAGGAACAGAAUAAUUAUUUUUUGAUAUCACGAGGACAUCAUCUACCCUUGCUCUCUUAGCUUCCAAGAAAAAUAAAUACUGAGCAGUAUCUCUACC